UGAGCCUCACUUUCUCCUCUCUCUCUCUCUCUUUUAUUUCUCACUUCCUCAAUUGACAUCCUCUUCAUCCUUGGCCAUUACAUCUAAUCUUUUCUCUUGGUGGUCAUCAUUCAUCUGCUGACAUGUCUGCCACGUGGCACAACCCCAUUACCUUUCUUCUUCUGAUCCCUCCAAUUAAACAAAUUAGAGAUCAACAACGUUCAACCCAAAAAAGAAAAAGAUAAAAGACAAAAGAAAAAGUUACUUUGGGAAAAAGAGAGAUGGAAAAAGGGUUGUUUGUGUUGUGUUUUUUUUUCUUUUCUUUUUGAAUAUGAAUAAUUAAUUGUGGUACUUUUUAUGCUUCACGUUGAUGGUGCUUUAUUUAUUUUUUUGCUUUGGGAUAUAUAUGACUUUUCUUAAGUACUUUUGUUAAGUGUUGUUUGUGAGUUUUGUCGUUGAAACAAAAAGGAGAUUGAAUCAUUCAUUAUUGUUUCCUAUAAUUCUAGUUUGGUUUGGGUUUUGUUCUUUUGGUUAUGGGUUUUUGGAGAUGUUGUUUUGAGUUUGGUGAGGAAAAUUUGGUCAGUCAUGUCUCAGAUUAAAAAUAUUAGUGAAAAUUGCAUUGGUACGGAUCAGGGUAUCAAGCUCUUCGGCAGAACAAUUCCAUUGCGUCACACUCAAAUUCCAACCAAAUCUCAAAUCAAGGAUUGUGAUAGUGACAUAACAAAAUCAGAGAAAGAUAGCCCUGUCAAAGCCAAUUCAAAAGAAAAUUCAGAAGAAAAAGAAGAGAAAGAGUUUAAGAAACCAGACAAGAUCAUUCCAUGUCCAAGAUGCAAGAGUAUGGAGACAAAAUUCUGUUACUUCAACAACUACAAUGUCAACCAACCAAGGCAUUUCUGCAAGAACUGCCAGAGAUAUUGGACAGCUGGGGGGUCAAUGAGGAACGUUCCUGUAGGAGCCGGGCGGCGAAAGAACAAGCACUUAGCCUCUCAAUUCCGCCACCUAAUGGCUUCUGUGGACGGUACACAGAUCAGUAGCGAUGAACCUUCAACUGGGAAAGUCUUGAGAUUUUGUCAAGAGCAAGUGCCAGACAAUGUUGAUGUGUCACAGUGUCAAUCUUCGUCGUUGGAAGGAGAUGUUGGCGCGCCUGCUCGGUCUCAUGCUGUGCCAUGCUACCCUGUUGUCUCUUGGAGUCCUGGUUGGAGUAUUCCUGCUGCUGCUGCUGCUGCAGCAUCACAGCAUUCUCAGCAGUUUUUUGUGUCAAACGCCGGUGAUUCAAGCCAAGUUCAGUGGCUUCAAGCGCCGGUUUUGCCUGCUGCUCCAGGGCAAUGCGCGCCAGCCGUUCCUGUCCAAUUUGUGCAAGCAGCCUCAUACUGGGGUUGUAUGCCUGUUUGGGCUGCAGCUCAAGCAGGGAAUGUUUCGAUGUCUCCUACUCUUGGCAAGCACUCGAGAGAAGAGUCAGAGAAGUGUAUUUUCGCCCCCAAAACUAUGGGAAUCGAGGGCGAGAAUGACGCUUUGAAGAAUCGAAUUCGAGCUGGUUUAGGUUCUGAGAUUGACAAGGAAAAUUCUGUAGUGAAUGGUAGUGUUUUCAAAAGGUUGGCACAUAGUAAAAUAGAAGGAAAGGAUCAUGUAUUAUAUUCUUCUUCUCCGGUCCUUGAAGCAAAUCCAGCAGCGGUUUCUCGCUCUCAUUCAUUCCAAGAGAGCACAUAAUUAAGCUCUACAUUACAUGUUUUAAUAUAUACAUGUUCUUAUUUUGGUAAGAUAAGAUUAUAGGGCUUGAACUUGGCUAUUUACACAUAUAUACUUUGCAUCAUCUUGUAGUAGUUUUUAGUUUGCUUGUUUAGGGUAGAUUUUGGUUCUAAGAAAAUUUAUAAACAGUUGAUAAUGUUCUUUAAACUAUAUUUUCUUAGUUACUUGAUCGUGGUUAGAAAUGUGAAUUUUACUUGUUCAA